GAGAGCACAUUCACAAUCUGGUAACACUGCUAGAAAGCGCCAAAAUUUUACGUUUAUUAGGAUUAAGACUAAUUUUACUACAAUAAAAUAGAGAUAUACAAAUUCGGCCCUUAGGAAAGGCAACCCGAACUCUGCGGCAAAGUAUCAUCCUUGAGAAUUCCGCAUCAUGUCCUUCUUCGGAGCCAACACGUCGCUGGGAGCAACAAGCACGCCGACCAAAACAACCGGUGGCCUCUUUGGAUCGCCGUUUGGCGGCACCCCAGCAGCCAGCCAGCCAGCACCCGCUUUCGGAACACAGGCUACAUCGACUCCGGCUUUUGGCGCCCAACCGGCGGCAUCUGCCUUUGGAGCAGGUUCCGCCUUCGGGGCAACCGCUGCAGCCCCGGCUUUUGGUGCCGCCACAGCAACAUCUGCCUUCGGCGGCUCCGCCUUUGGCAGUGCUCCGGCCUUUGGAGCGGCGACGACCACAACAGCGGCCACGGGUCUUGGAGGAGGCGGGUUUGGCGGAUUUGGAGCAGCUCCGGCUACGAGUCAGCCCAGUCUGUUCGGCGCUCCAGCGACUAGUGCAGCACCACCUGCAUUCAGCGGAUUCGGCCAACAGGCAGCUGCGAGUACAGCGCCCGCAAGUGGAUUUUCAGGCUUUGGAACAACCACCACCUCGGCACCUGCUUUUGGCGGUUUCGGCACCAACCAGUCCACUGGCUUUGGGGGCGGAGCCUUCGGAUCCACCUUUGGAAAACCAGCGAACACAACAGUUACGCCGGGAUUCGGUGGAUUCGGCGGCACCAGCUUCAUGCUUGGACAGCCGCAACAGCAGCCAGCGCCCAUUUCGGCCGACGAGGCGUUUGCCCAAUCCAUUCUAAACGUGUCCAUUUUUGGCGAUGAUCGGGACAAAAUAGUGGCUAAAUGGAACUACUUGCAGGCUACGUGGGGCACUGGGAAGAUGUUUUAUUCCCAGAGUGCGGCGCCGGUAGACAUUACGCCGGAAAACGUGAUGUGCCGGUUCAAGGCCAUAGGUUACAGUCGGAUGCCGGGCAAGGAUAACAAGUUGGGACUGGUGGCUCUUAACUUCUGCAGAGAACUCUCAGCCGUUAAGCCACACCAGCAACAAGUGGUUCAAACGCUUCACAGCUUAUUUGGCAGCAAGCCCAACAUGCUGGUUCACAUCGAUUCCAUUAAGGAGCUAGAGAACAAGAAGUGUCAAAUGGUUAUCUACGUGGAGGAGAAACUACAGCAUGCUCCCAACGAAAGCAAGCGCAUAUUGGCCACGGAACUCUCCAACUACCUAAAUCAGGCAUCGCUGAAACCUCAGCUAAAUAAUCUUGGCGUUGUGGAGGCUUUGGCUCUGGUAUUACCCGACGAGGACCAAUUAAAGGAGUACCUUGAAAAUCCACCCCGAGGCGUGGAUCCGCGCAUGUGGCGUCAGGCGAAUUCCGACAAUCCAGAUCCUAGUAAAUUUAUUCCAGUGCCAAUGGUGGGCUUUAACGACUUGAAGUGGCGCGUUAAGUGCCAGGAGCAAGAAACAGACACGCAUGCAUUGUACAUUAAAAAGGUGGAGAGUGAGCUGACAGAACUCAGGCAGCGCCACGCCACGGCUACAGCGAAGAUUCUUGAACAUAAACGGAAACUUGCCGAGCUUGGCCAUCGCAUACUAAGGAUAAUAGUGAAGCAAGAGUGCACCCGCAAGGUAGGCACAUCCUUGACGCCCGAGGAGGAGGCCAUGCGAACCAAGCUGCAGAACAUGCAGGCUGUCGUGUCCGCACCCACCCAAUUCAAGGGCCGACUCAGUGAGCUGCUCUCCCAGAUGCGCAUGCAGCGCAAUCAGUUCGCCGCCAACGGAGGGGCCGAGUAUGCCCUCGACAAGGAAGCGGAGGACGAGAUGAAGACCUUCCUGACCAUGCAGCAACGCGCUAUGGAAGUGCUGAGCGACACCGUCAAUAAGGACCUGAAGGCACUGGAUGUUAUAAUUAAGGGACUGCCCGAGCUGCGACAAUCGUGAUAGAAAAAGGAAUGAGAUGAUAUGUUGAAUAAAUCCCACAUAUGUUUAACACAA